AUGACUGUUCACCUAUGUACUUGUGACGCUGAGCCGGGUAUCGGGGCUCUCAGAAUGGCACUCGAUAGCACAAGAAUCUACCAUCCCAGCGGUCUGCGAUCAAAUCCACCAUAUACGUUCAAAACAACAUGGCUACAAGAACUUGAACCAGUUUUCAAGAUGUGA